AUCGACUGAGAGGCACAGGGGAAGUCAGAUAUAGUUCUAGGCGGGAUAUGAAGUGGCAUGUAAAGGUGGAGCGGCUGAUCGGAGGUCCUGGUCCUCUAAAUCCUUAAAAAGACUGUGCCAAAAAAGACUUGCUCAGAUGACAUCACAUUUGGACUACUAAAGUUCUCCACCCACUCUGCAAGGCACAAAGCAUUUCUAGGUAAUUAAACAAAUGCAGAGUGAAACCCAUUCUUUCAUUUGCAAAAAAUCUUCUGGAAAAUUACUUGGAUGUUUUAUAUUGAAUGUCAGUGAAACUAGGUAGUUCUACUGGAGGAAAGCCUGAAGGAUCCACUGUCAGACACCAGAAUUUAAAAAAUUCAGAAUUUAAUGCUUUUCUGCAGAAGAGGAGAGCAGCUAACUCCACAUUGUGCUUCAAAGGAGCCAGGUUUCACCUCUAAACCUCACACUUUAAGAAGUUCUAAAGUGUAAAAGGCAAACGUACAAAUGUCUACCACAAGACUAAAGUGUGCUAUGUUAUGUUUUUUACCAUAAGCACCCAUAAAAUGAGCUCCAUUGCAGACAGAAAUGAUGGAAGCAUUUUUGAUGGGCUGGUGGAAGAAGAUGACAAAGAUAAAGCAAAAAGAGUGUCUAGGAACAAGUCUGAAAAGAAACGUCGAGAUCAGUUUAAUGUACUUAUCAAAGAGCUGGGUUCCAUGCUUCCAGGCAAUGCUCGGAAGAUGGAUAAAUCCACUGUACUGCAGAAGAGCAUUGACUUUUUACGGAAGCACAAAGAAAUUACUGCACAGUCAGAUGCCAGUGAGAUUCGACAGGACUGGAAACCAACAUUCCUUAGUAAUGAAGAGUUCACACAGUUAAUGUUAGAGGCUCUUGAUGGUUUUUUUUUAGCAAUUAUGACAGAUGGAAAUAUAAUAUAUGUGUCUGAAAGUAUAACUCCCUUACUUGAACAUUUACCAUCUGAUCUUGUGGAUCAGAGUGUAUUUAAUUUUAUCCCAGAGGGGGAACAUUCAGAAAUUUAUAAAAUACUGUCUUCUCAUCUGCUGGAAGGAGAUUCAUUGACACCAGAAUACUUAAAAUCAAAAUAUCAACUAGAAUUCUGUUGCCAUAUGCUGCGAGGAACAAUAGAUCCAAAAGAGCAACCUACAUAUGAAUAUGUAAAAUUCAUAGGAAAUUUCAAGUGUUUGAAUAAUGUUCCCAACUCAGCGCACAAUGGUUUUGAAGGAACUAUUCAGCGAUCACACCGGCCUUCGUAUGAAGACAAAGUUUGCUUUGUAGCCACAGUUAGAUUAGCUACACCUCAAUUUAUCAAGGAAAUGUGCACUGUUGAAGAACCCAAUGAAGAGUUCACAUCUAGACAUAGCUUAGAAUGGAAGUUCCUAUUCUUGGAUCACAGGGCACCUCCGAUAAUAGGUUAUCUUCCAUUUGAAGUUUUGGGAACAUCAGGAUAUGAUUAUUACCAUGUGGAUGAUCUAGAUAAUCUGGCAAAAUGUCACGAGCAUUUAAUGCAAUAUGGGAAAGGGAAGUCAUGUUACUACAGAUUCCUUACAAAGGGACAACAGUGGAUUUGGCUGCAAACACAUUACUAUAUCACGUAUCACCAGUGGAAUUCCAGGCCAGAGUUUAUUGUCUGUACGCACACUGUUGUAAGUUAUGCAGAAGUUAGAGCAGAAAGACGACGAGAGCUUGGUAUUGAGGAGUCUCUUCCAGAGAUAACAGCAGAUAAAAGCCAGGACUCUGGAUCUGACAAUCACAUAAACACAGUGAGUCUCAAAGAAGCGCUGGAAAGGUUUGAUACCAGCCCCACACCUUCUGCUUCCUCCAGGAGUUCAAGAAAAUCUUCGCACACUGCAGUAUCAGAUCAUUCAUCAACACCAACUAAAAUGACAGUGGAUACUAGCACUCCUCCAAGGCAAAACUUACCUGGUCAUGAAAAGACUGCACAAAGAAGAUCAUCUCUGAGUAGCCAGUCUUUAAGCUCCCAGUCUCUUGGACAACCAGUAGCACAGCCAACAGUAUCUCAGCCUGCAACUGUACAGCUCCAGUCUGGCAUGUCCCAGCCUGUGUUUCAGUUUUCAGCUCAGUUAGGAGCUAUGCAACAUCUAAAGGACCAGCUAGAGCAAAGAACACGCAUGAUAGAAGCAAAUAUUCAUCGGCAGCAGGAAGAGUUGCGCAAGAUCCAAGAGCAGCUUCAAAUUGUCCAUGGUCAAGGACUCCAGAUGUUCUUGCAGCAGUCAGCUUCUGGACUCAACUUUGGUUCUGUGCAGCUUGCUUCUGGAAAUUCUUCAAAUGUUCCACAGCUUGCACCAAUAAACAUGCAAGGUCAAGUUGUUCAGACUAAUCAGACUCAAAGUGGGAUGAACUCUGGCCAUAUAAGUACUUCGCACAUGAUACAGCAACAGCCUUUGCAGAGUCCUGCAACACAGCAUAAUCAACCAAAUGUACUUACUGGACACAAUCAGCAGUCUUCUCUUGCCAGCCAGUCACAGAACACCGUCUCAGCACCUUUGUAUAACACUAUGGUGAUUUCUCAGCCAACGACAGGAAAUGUGGUCCAGGUUCCUUCUAGCCUACCACAGAACAACAACCAGAAUGCUGCUGCAGUAACCACUUUUACACAGGAUAGACAAAUCAGAUUUUCUCAAGGUCAGCAACUUGUCACAAAACUUGUCACAGCCCCAGUGGCAUGUGGAGCAGUAAUGGUACCAAGUACUAUGUUUAUGGGACAGGUGGUGACAGCUUAUCCCACUUUUGCUGCCCAACAGCAGCAGCCACAGACUUUGUCAAUAAUGCAACAACAACAACAGCAGCAGCAGCAAAGUCAGCAAGACCAUCAGCAGCAGGUCACUACAGUUCAGCAACCAGCUCAGCCACAGCUGACCCAGCACACCCAGCAGUUCCUACAGACAUCCAGGUUACUUCAUGGAAAUCAGUCAGCUCAGCUUAUCCUUUCUGCUGCUUUCCCACUACAACAAAGCACUUUUACUCAGUCCCACCACCAGCAGCAUCAGUCUCAGCAGCAGCCACUUUCUCGACACAGAACUGACAAGAUGACUGAUCCUUCCAAAGUGCAGCCACAAUAACAUGGGGCUCUGCUGCUUCUCGAAGCCAACUACCAGGAGGGGGCUGCUCCGCCAGCACUGGCACUGAGGCUACAGAGGUAGCAAUACAAAGGCUUUCUAACACCACAGUGUUGAGAUCAGCUUCUAACUUCUGGAAUCUGUUAAGAAAAGCCACAAGAUGAUGAUGGGGACAUGGCCAACUUUGAUAGUUGCCCCAGUUUCUUGUUCUAAAGGAUUUGCUGCCAUGUGUUGAUUUGUCCAGGUGAAAUCUCAAAAUGUGACUGAAAUGUGAGGGAUGCUGAAAAUAUUGGGUUUUUUAUCAAUCCUGUACAUUUUUAAAGUAUUAAAAUGGACUUGGAGCAAUUGUUUGAAUUAGCAGAAGAAAAAAAAACAAAAAAAUGCCAGGAAUAGAGUCCAAAAACCAUCUAAUUUUUUUCAGAUGAUUAUAGGACAGUAAAUAUUUUGAAAAUGUUGUGUGAAAUCCAGUUCUCUGUUGUACAGAUGCUGUAAAAUAUUGUGUAUAUGUCUGCAUAAAAGGAGAAAGAGCAAAAUAUUUUAUAUGAUGCAUGAAAAUGUAAUCUGUUAUUUGUAGGUUUGAAUAUGUUUCCCUAAAUUCUCACACCAUACUCAGACUGAUGUUUUCCUCUGUUCUACCCUUUUGUUUACAACAUGAUGCAUCAUUAUUUUCACCCUUAAUGUGGGCACAAGUCUCUUGUUUGUGCUUUGUGAUGUCAGGGUUUGUUUGGUGAGGUUUAGUGUGUUGGUUAGUCGUUCUCGAGGUUAAAUUAUUGAUGAAGCUGUUUGAACUGGUGAUCAUGCAUCAGGGUUCAGGACAUUCAGAUUCAUGAAUAUCAUCCAUCAUUUCAUAAUUGAUUCAUCGCUUUAUUUGAAAAACAAAUAGGAAUUUGCACUGCUUUCUUGUGGAUGGUUUGGAAUUUUAUUCCCCAGAGCUAUCUUUUGAUAUAGUUCAUAGUUGGAAAUAUUUAUGUAAAAGGUUUAAAA